AUGUCAAAUGAUAAACACAGUUCUAAUUUUUUUAGUGAAUUUAAUAUAUAUAAUAAAAAAAAUGCAAAAAAAAUUGUGUAUAGAUAUUUUCAAAAUAGAACACAAAAACAAACUAAGUAUAUAACAGUUACUUUAUUAGCUUUUAGUGGGCUAUUUUUAUAUAUUACUAAUAAAGCUUAUGAUAGGAAUAUUUUUUAUUUAAAUAAUGAAGUUUAUAAAAAAUUCAACAAAAAUUAUGAUUCUUCUUCACCAUUGGAAGCUCAAAACAGAGCUUUUAAGCAAAUAUUUAUAAAAGCAAAAAGAAAAGAUUUAGAGUUAGAAUCAAAACCAUUGAUUUCUCAAAUAAUUAAUGAAAAGGAAUAA